GCCCACUGCAAGGAAGCAAAAUCAACAUUCUGCUGUCCUAUCUCAUGAUAAUCAGUCUUGCCCUCGCAAAUCCGACGCACAGAAAGGAAACUAUCUCACAAAACGUCAUUGAGAAGUGUGGCCUAGAGUACACUGAAUGUGUCACUGAUUGUAUAAAUUCUUUGAGUCAGAAAGCAUGCGCAGAUUCUCCUAAUGCAUGCCCUGAAAUUGAACAAUUUAGAGACUGUGUUGAAGAUGGGGUGCUCCCGAACGAAACCGAUAAAAUGGAUUAUGAACAACGCAGCAUAGGCUUCACUAGGCGUUUCAAUGAAUGUUUAUCACAUCUUUUCAACAACCUGAGAGGAAGAUGAACCAGAAUCUAGUAUCACAGGUGCUGACAGAAUAAUGUUUGAAUCUAAAGAUGAAAUUCAUGAGUAUUACUAUAAUUUAAGAUGAAACGUGG